AUGCUUGGGACACGGUUUGCGGCUGCAGUCCUGGCUGCGGCCGGGGCCGUCAACGCUGCAUACAGUAUUGCGUCGACAGCGGAUAUCAAAAAGACAGCCGCCGACGUCGCCUGGGAUCUCCUCCAAUACUACAACGGCAACGAGACGGGCAUGACACCCGGUAUUCUUCCCGGUCCGCCACCAGCAGGCGACUACUACUGGUGGGAAGGGGGUGCGAUGUGGGGGACGCUGAUCGACUACUGGAAACUCACGGGCGACGAUACCUACAACGACGAAGUCACCCAGGCCAUGCUGUGGCAGGUUGGUCCCAACCGCGACUACAAGCCGCCGAACUACACGGCUUCGCUUGGCAACGACGACCAGGGCUUUUGGGGUAUGUCGGCCAUGCUUGCGGCCGAGAACAACUUUCCCAACCCGCCGGCGGAUCAGCCUCAGUGGUUGGCUCUGGCACAGGCUGUUUUUGCGACCCAGGCUGCUCCGGAGCAGCAUGAUGAUACUUGCGGCGGUGGUUUGAGAUGGCAGAUUUACUUGUCGAACAACGGUUAUGACUACAAGAACAGUAUCGCAAACGGUUGCUUCUUCAACCUCGGGGCCCGACUGGCGCGCUACACAGGCAACCAAUCCUACGCCGACUGGGCCGAGAAGACGUGGGACUGGGUCAGGAGUGUCGGUUUCAUGGAUGAUCAAUACAAGAUCUAUGACGGCGCGCACGUCGGGAAGAAUUGCACCGAUACCAACAAAGCCCAGUUCUCCUAUAACAACGCCGUCUAUAUCCUGGGCGCGGCUUACAUGUACAACUACACCAAAGGCAGCGACGUCUGGCGGGACCGCCUCGACAAACUCGUCGACGCCACAAUCGAGACCUUCUUCCCCAACAACAUCGCCUACGAGCUCGCCUGCGAAAAGUACAUGUCCUGCACCGCCGACAUGCUCAGCUUCAAGGGCUACCUGCACCGGUGGAUGGCAACCGCCACGCAAAUCGCGCCCUUCCUCUCCGACAAGAUCCUCCCCGUCCUCAAAACCUCCACCGAAGCCGCAGUCUCAACCUGUACGGGCGAAGCGAACCAGCGGACGUGCGGGUUCAAAUGGAACACGCACGCGUACGACGGCAGCCACGGCGCGGGCCAGCAGAUGAAUGUGCUGGCUGCCGUGUCGUCGUUGCUUAUCACGUCGGCUCCGCCGCCUGUUACGAAUAGGACGGGGGGUACGAGCAAGGGGGAUCCGAACGCGGGGAUGCAGUCGGAUCAUAAUAUGCCGGAGCGCAAGCCGAUUACCACGGCUGAUCGUGCGGGGGCGGGGAUUUUGACGAUUUUGACGGUGGGCGCUGCGGUGGGGACUUUUGGGUGGAUGAGCACCGGGAUUUAG